GGACACUUGGGACAUGUACAGUAUGAACUAUAUCGCUAAGAUCAUCAGCAAUUUCCGUCUUUUCUACAACGAGAUUAACGCCGCGACUCUCACCGGCGCGAUCGACGUCAUCGUCAUUGAACAACCGGACGGUUCCUUUACUUGCUCGCCUUUUCAUGUUCGCUUCGGCAAACUCGGCGUACUUCGCUCCAGAGCAAAAGUGGUGGACAUUGAAAUAAAUGGAGAACCUAGGGAGAUUCAUAUGAAACUUGGAGAUUCGGGAGAGGCCUUCUUUGUCGAAGAAGUCAGCUCGGAUGGAUCCCCAACGGACACAGAAAUUCCGCCACAUUUGGCUUGCUCACCUAUACCCGAUGAUAAUUGCUUUCCAUCGGCAAAAUUCCAUCUUCUGUCAGAUCUACCUCCGGAGCAGAGAGAAAAGAUUCUUAUAGAUUCGGUUCUUUCUAUAGAGCGUGAAAAAUGGGAGCAGAUGUCCGCCUUGCCACCGAAUCAACGGGAAAAGUUUCUAAUAGAGCAGUUCUCCGAUCUUCCUGCGGAACAUCGCGAGAAAUGGCUUCAGAUCGCUUCGCUAACCGUGGAAGAGCGUGAUCAAAUGUUUAAGGAAUGUUUUGGCACUAUAUCCCCAGAACAGAAGCAGCAAAUGAUCAGGGAACAAUAUUCAGCUUUAAAGACAGAAGAUAAGGAAAGUUUAUUUAAGGAAUAUUUUCCGGAACUUUCUGUAGAGCAGAGACAAAGCUUUGAAAGAGCUCUGCUGAGUGAUUGGGAGAAGAAAGAGGAGAAAUGGGAAGAAAAGCAUAAUUCCAAGGAUGAAAAUGAAGACAUAUUUGACAUGGAUGGUAUCAAUGACGAACAACCAAAAUCACUGUCUUGUCCAAAAUCUUUUGUAGCUGUUACUUCGUCUGACAGAAUUCGUAAGAUUAGUGUAGUGAAGAAUGAUUUUAGACCCAUCACUGAUGAUCCUCAAAGCAGUAGUAGUAAGGAAAAAUCUAGCGACGAAUCAAACACGUCUUUAAGUAAGAAAAAUUCGAAGGAAGAAAUCAUUGAAGAGAUAAAGAUUACCAAUUCGACUAAGAGAAAACGCAAGAGGAAGAGUGUUAUGAAGAAAAAAGGUUCGCAGAGAAAAACCAGCAACGGCAGUAGCAGCCAAACAGAAGCAAGCGAGACUGAUGCAAUUUUCACUGAAGAAUCAAUUAGUGAAACAGGUCCCACUCCAAUUGCAGAAGUUGAGAAGAAGAAUACUAUCGCAGAAUCUGUGACAUCAUCUCAGGACAUUGAAAAUCGUCCCGAAACUGAUUUUCAUUUCUUUAGUGAUUCAGAAAUUACUAAGAACAAGGACUCCAGACCAAGUUCGCCUGUUCAAUCAGACACGGAAUUUGAAGUGCGCAAGAUUAUACAGGAAGGUGCUGAAAUAGAAGACGACAAGAAUCAUCAAAGUUGGAGAUGGGGCGAAUUGCCCAGUCUAUCUGUAGAAUCGACGCAUACUUUGCAUAGAAAUUCUUUGAGUUCUUCGGCAACAACCAAUCAACCGAAUAAAGACGCGCAACGGUCUAUGCUCAGUGGCAUGUUCUCUUUUAUGAAGAAGACUUCUCGCGUAAGACAUAAUCCAGAAUCCGAAGGAAUUUAUCUUAGUGAUCUUAAUGCCGACGAAUUGGAUCCCGAAGUUGCAGCUUUAUACUUUCCCUCUUCGCAUCGAGGUCCGACAGUAGUCAAAGAUAAGAAAACAACAGAUGAAGAAGAUACUGAAUCAGGUAACGGGCCGAGCUUACCUCAGAGCCCCAACAGCGUUGAGGGAGCUAUCGGUGGACCAAAGUCGUUGGACAGCGAUUUCGAGGAACCAAAGCAUUCUAUUUUCGAUAAUAACGUAGAAAUAAGCAUGUCCUUGUGCGGUGGUCUGGACAGCGAGAACGGACCUUCUAAGGAAGCUUUCAACGAAAAUUUGUUGCACUUUGAGGACGUUUGUACUGAUCCAAAAUUGUAUGAGAAUCCAAACCUGGUUGUCAAGAUCAACGGAAAAUACUAUAAUUGGGCUACAGCUUGUCCGAUAGUAUUAACUUACGUUGUUUUCCAAAGACAUUUGCCACAAAGCGCAAUCGAAAAUCUAUACAUGCCGGUGCAUGAAGACAAAAAGCAACAAAUUACUAGCGGGAAACCUGAAAGUCGUGGCGGGUAUAGUUCCUGGUUUUCGUGGAGACGUUCCACGCAACCUUCUAAGAAACCAGAUAGUAUCGAUCAAACUGAUGGAAUUGCUACGCAAACAUCCGAGCAGCCUGUGGAAACUAAGACUGUUAUUAAUGAAGAUGUACCUUCUGUUGAUAGAGAGGUAAAGACUGAAGUAAACGCAGAUUUACCAAAUUCGACUGAAGCGAUAGAAACCUGUACGAGAUUAAUAACCGCGCCCAAUGAAAGCGCGUUUUCGAAAACUGAAAAAGCGCGAGAAGGAGAAGGUGAGGGAUACAGCGGCGGUGAGGAUUCCGACAGUAAUCAUAACGAACCAGCGGGUAUAAAGAUACCCAUUGAAAGAAGACCGUAUUAUGAAUCCACAGAGAAAUAUCGCAAGACUUUACGAUUGACAUCUGAGCAGAUAGCGAGCCUUGAUUUGAAGGACGGUCCUAAUGAAGUGGUCUUUAGCGUAACAACUGCUUAUCAAGGUACAAAACGCUGCAAGUGCCACAUCUACAAGUGGAAGUGGGACGACAAAAUCGUUAUCUCUGACAUAGACGGCACUAUUACGAAAUCAGACGUUCUGGGUCACAUAUUGCCGAUAGUGGGCAAAGACUGGGCACAAUCGGGAGUCGCUCAAUUGUUCACAAAAAUAAAAAACAACGGUUAUAAACUGCUGUAUCUAUCGGCAAGAGCGAUCGGUCAAGCUGGAGGUACUAGGGAAUAUUUAAGGAACUUGAGACAGGGCGACUUGUCACUGCCGGAAGGACCGUUACUUUUGAAUCCUACAAGUUUGAUCUUGGCGCUUCAUCGCGAAGUGAUAGAAAAAAAGCCAGAGGAGUUUAAGAUAUCUUGUCUGAAAGAUAUUCAGGCCUUAUUCCCCGAGGGAUCUGAGCCGUUUUAUGCUGGAUACGGAAAUCGAAUUAAUGAUGUCUGGGCAUAUCGAGCAGUAGGCAUUCCUAUAAUGCGAAUCUUUACCAUAAAUUACCGAGGAGAAUUGAAACACGAAUUGACGCAAACAUUCCAAUCUUCAUAUUCGAACAUGAGCUUUAUCGUUGACCAAGUAUUUCCAGCGUGGCGUGAAGACGCAGCCGAUGAGUUCAGCACUUUUGCGUAUUGGCGGGAUCCGAUACCAGAAGUAUCAAAACUCGAAGAGUUGUAUGCUCAAGCUACCUAAAUCUUACCACCUAUCAUAGUCAUUUGUCCGUAUUACGAACAAUAAUAUUUAUAUAUCUUAUUUAGCUAACUUUUAUACCCAGUGCGCGCACGCGUUGACUGCAGUGACUUUGACCGGUGUGAUCAUCCAUAUAUAAUUAAAUCUCACAAAAAUAUGCAAGAGAUUUUUUCAGAAGUUAGUCUUGUUGUUGCUCAGGUAUUAGACAGUUAUUAAACAGAUUUACGUAUAAGCAAUGUCGAUUACUUUUUCUUACAUGCAAUUUGUUAACUUAUAAAUGAAGGUAUACAUAUAAUGUAUCUUAGUUUAUAAGUUAUUAUUGCGCACACGUACAGACACAUAUACCAUUUAUAUAUAAAACAUAUACAUAUAUAAUUUGUUAUGUGUCUUAUAUAUAAAUUAUAUGUAAAACUUAGAUAUACUGAUAACAUGAUAACUUAUAAAAUAAUAAGUUUUUAUAGUUUCUAUAUCAUUUAUAUGUGUGUGAACAAGUUAAUAGGUGAUUUGCAAAGAGUAAACUUUUACGUCGAGUAAGCGCCCACACAUUCCAACUUCGUUACAUUUAGAUAAAAUACCAUCUUUACAUUAAACAAUGUCAAACACAUGUCUGUCAGAUUUAUUCACACCAGUCAAUGUACAUAGCGUGACUAAUGUAACUAGAUACAAUAUAAGUAUAUGCUUCACACGUAAUUAAAGCGAGUCUUGUACUUGAUAAAGUAAGCAAAGCUCUCUUAAAUGACAGUUCUAUUGUCGAAUCGUUGUAAAACACAUGUUUUGGAAAAUUAACAUAGCCGAAAGAAAUGUCUUACACAUAGCGCGAAUUGUGUCUAAUAUAUUCAUGACACAACAUGUACACGUCGUAUUAGAAAGCCUCGCUUGUUAUUGCACACAUGUAAGUUUUAUACAAGCACCUAAUUGUCUCUCUACUAUAUGUGUCGGCAAUUUUCUACACUGAACUUGAAACUUUGCUUAACAAGUGGUAAUAGAUUAUCGUUGUGUAAGACACAAGAUAAGAAAGUCGAUAUAGUCGAUAUACCGAUCGCUUACGUUCCCUUAUUUUUUAGACAUUUAUAAUUUCAGAGAGCUAUAAUUUAUUUUUGUAUGAGAUCUCUUUUAAGUUAGCGUGCUGUGAAAUUGCCAUAUCCCAAAAAUGAUGUUGAUCAUUUAAAUUGUAUAAUAUGUAAGGAUUAUGUUAGGUGAUGCGUGCGGAUAGGAGUUUUGUUUUCAGCCAGCGCACACAUAAAUUAUCGUAUAUAAAAUAGAGCUAUGUAUUCCAUAGAUCGUGAUGUAGGAGUUUUUUUUUUUUUUUUUUUUUUUUUUUUUUUUUUUUUUUUCUUUUAUUGUCCUAUUUUCAUUUACGUGUAUGUAAUGCAUUCUACCAGAUUUCAGUCUUUCAUAUGUUGUCUAAAGUACGUUGUUUGAAAUGCGUAAAUUAAAUUAUUCUUAUAUUUUAGAAGAGUAAUUUACUGUGUGAAAAAGUGAACUCGACAAGUCACGGCUCGUGCUUAUCAAGUCAUGCAGUUGAAGCAA